AUGUUUUGGUAUUCACAUUCAAAAUAUGAUUAUAUAUCAGAUGAAAACUCAGAAUAUAAUAGCGAUUCUGGGGACGAUUUGCCAAAUCUAACAAGAGAUAAGCAACGAGUCUUGCGAAAAUAUAAAUAUCUUAACCACUCUGAUUGCUCUAGAAAAGAAUACCUUUAUGCCUUGAAAAAUGUUCAACCUGAAGGAUGGCGUACAUUUCAUGAAGUUAUUCGAAUAGGACAGCCACAAAAAAUUAAAAUUGAUAUGGAUGGUGAAUUGGAAAAAUUUGCAUCAUAUCUCGAUCCUUUAGAUAGAAUAGAAAAGGCUUUAGGACAAAAAUCAUUUGAUGGUUAUAUUGCUAAUACACAUCUUUAUACAUGGCAAAAAUCUACAGAUAUAAUACAUAAAAAGGAUGAGAUUAGUUUGUAUAUCAAGAAUGCUCUCCGAAUUGCUAUAAAAGAGAUGACUCGAAAAUUUACAUCACGAAUCUUAGAACUUCUUCCAGAAAGAAUGCAUCCUUUCAUUGAUGAAAAAUCACUUAUCACUCAUAUUGAGAAAGAUUCUAUAGAACUCUGGCCAUAUGAAUGGGAAGAAGAUAAAAAGCUGAAAAAUGAGUCUGUCUUACGUGAGGAGAGUGAUAUUGCAAUAAAAAUAGUAGAAAAACAAUUUCUUUUUCUGUCUUAUCGAAAUUCUAAUAAUGGCUUCGAUAUUUUUGAUAGAAUUCGGCCUACAACAUGUUCAAUCUGUGAAAAAGAGCACACGAGAGAAGCAGAUCAUAAUAAGAAAAAAGUUAUUCCUUAUUUAGAUAGAUUAAGAGCUCGGCUUCAGUAUAGAUCACAGUCUUAUUUACAAAAUAACUUUACUGCUGUUGGAAAGAACAUCGAAAUAUAUAAUGCUAAAACAAUGCAUAGCUAUAAUUUACAAGCUAAACUUACAAGUAAUAUGACAGAAAUUCCAGGAGAAGACAUGCCGGAUGUAGAUGAUAAUGAAGAUGGUGAAGGUAAUCGUCCAACUGACCAAAGCAUUAUCUCUUUAGAAAAAGAAUCCCGUAAAAGACCUAGUAAAGAUAUCCCUGAAAAUAAAUUAUCUAGUAAGAAAGUAAAGACUAAAGACGGAAAUAUAUCUAUAUUAAAAAAACUUAUUGAAGAGCUGAAAUCGCCAAGUUUUUCAACAAGUAGUACUACUUCUCAGGCUGAAUCUAUCACAAGCCCAAGUAAUUUUUCUGAUUUAUACAGUGCAAUUGUUAAGGCUGAAGAACGAAUUGAAAGUGUGAAUCAAAAAAUUAUUAUAUGCUAUUUUGCUUUUGAAAAAAAGCUUAAGGAAAGGUUAGCCGAGUAUAUGAAAGAUAAUAAAAAGUGUAGAUCUCAGAGAAAACUUUAUAAAGAAGUUGAAAAACAGCUCCCAUCUAACCUCUCGAAAAAUGCAAUUGAGAAAAGAAUAAAAAGAGCAAGGAAAAUUUAUGACCUUUUUAGUAGCAUAUAUGAGGAUAAAAUAGAAUGA